CCUAUAAAGUGCGUUCUUCGCCGUGAUUGGAGUGGUCUUGGCUUCAGUAUUGCCGGUGGUCGCGGCCUGUUGGUUCAAAAAGCGGACACUCCUGUAAGUCGCCCCCCUCCUCCCUUUCUUAAGACUGCACCAGAGCUGACAGUACGUGGGAGCCCCACCGAACCCAGUCCUGUCUUCCUUCGCUACGAGGAGGGUCUGCCGGUGGAACGCGUUGUAAUCCCCUGUCAGCAUGGCCAACCCCUUGGCUUUUCAGUUUGUGGCGGCAGCGAUGUUUCCUGUUUUCCCUUCUCUGCCGCCUCUAGCGGCAUUUUCAUCUCUCGUUUUGUUCUCGUUCGUUUGGACUUGAAUAGUGAACUCCACCCUACCACCUAA